UGUACCAAGACAAACUGAAACACUGAAUAGAUAUGUGAAACAACCUCAACGAAGAAGACAGUCAGAAAUAUCUCUAAAGAUCACAACAUGGAAGCUCAACAAGUUUGGCAUCUUUCUUUCGUGUCGACCUGGAUAUUUGUCUUUUUCUUCCUUUCUGUAUGCUCAGGAAUGAGCACACUAAACCUGGAAAGCACAGUCUUUGUGGCCUUGGCAGGCGAAGAGAUUGACAUUAAAUGUAAGCUGGUGAUACCAGCAAACCAGACCAGAGACGUCUUGACGUGCUCUGAUCCUUUCAAAAAUCAGAUUUAUAGCUAUGACAUCUCUGAGAUGACCGGCCAGACAAAAACGGUCCAACUGAAGCUGAAAAACCUGACCAUGUCAGGAGAAUACAGUUGCCAAUAUAAAAAAGCCACGGUGUACUGGUUUCUUCGUGUGAGAGGUGAAGGCUACAGGGAUCUUGUAAUGUGGGAUUACACAGAAUUCAUCAUAGUCGCUGUCUUCACUGGUGUGCUGCUGGUUUUCAGUGUGGUUGGCUCAGUGUGUGUCUUCAGAGGACAUGGGAAAAAAUGCACCACUGAACGCGGCAACACCGAUAGAAAACGAAAGCAGAACACAGAAGAAAUGAAGGAGACAGAGAUGGAGGAAGAUAACAUGGAUGUAAUAACAGAUCCAUCUACGUCUUUUUAUGCUAGUCUAGAGCCUCGACCCAUGUCCAUUUAUGAUGUACUGGAUCACUCAGCUGCCAACAGAGAGCCAGACCAAAGCAAAGCAAAACCCAAGAAAAGGAAACCCAAAGAAACGAUGGCACAACCCACACAAGACCAGCAUGAAGGCGUAUUUGAGAUUGUCUAUGAAAAUUUUUGAAUCUGAAAUAAACUUAUUUCACCAGGUUGUGAUAUUUAUAUCAGUGGCUGAGAUGAUCUCAGUUUGCUUUGCUGUGUCGUUGUCACAUGUUAACAGUGGUAGAGAAAGUAUUUUGAUUCUUUAAAGGUGAAGAAUUUUCUAAAUUUGUUAUUUUAUUUUGUAUUUAUUAAAUACCAAAGUAUUAUCAGCAAAAUAUACUCAAAGAACAAAAGCAAAAGUACUCAUUGUGCAAGCAAAAUAGCCUCUAUUAGUGUUACAUUAUAAUGUAUUAUAUUAUUCAUACGGUUGCAUUAACAUUGUAAUGUUGUAGCUGGUUGCAGCGUAUCUAAUAUUAACUAUUUUAUUUACUGUUGGGAGGUCAAAUUUACUGUAUAAAAAUGCAUUAUAGGUUCAAAACAUAGACUGUUAAUAAUAUACAGUCUAUGGUUCAAAAUAUAUAUAUGAAAUUAACUAGUAGGCUAACUAUGGUUGUUAAAUAAACGUAGGGGAGUAAAAUGUAAAAUAAAACAAACAAAAAUGUACAGUGUGUCCCUCUGAAAUGUAGCGGGUUAAACAUUUUAACUUGCAUAAGU